AUGAAGCUUUUUUCUUACCGAAAUAGGGUGUGCGGCACCCUGGUGCUUGCGCUGUGCUUGCUCUCCUGCGCUCUCGCUGCGCCAUCGACGCCGGCCCCCACUGAUCUCAUCACUGUUGCCGGGAGGGUGCAUGUGAGGAAUGAGGUUGCUCAGUACGUUGUGGUGCGGGUAGUGGACGACAGGACGGGCGUCGUGGUACGCAGCGCUCCUCUAGAUGCUACGCGCUCGGUUAGCUUUGCAAACAUCGCUUCCCCAGCUGUGUCCCUUGAGGCCACAGUCGAGCUGCCGGACCACUUGUUCGAGCUAGAUGCCUCUUCCUCUGUCCUCAAGAGCACCGUCUCGACUUUCAGCUCCACCACUCCUGUGCAGCUGACAAUUUCUACCAUCAGCAAAGCGGAGGGUGCGGCGCGAAAGGCACCGACGCCUACCGCCAGUAGCAGUGGCGCGUCCGCUGUCCUCGCGCUGAUGGCGCUAGUGGUGGGGUGGCACAGCCGCCACAAGAUUGUCAGCGUGCUGGACAUGCCGACCUUGAGGAUGCCAAAGCCGCGAAAGAUGAUGUGCUCGUUCGAGUCCUCCAAGCGUACCCCGAUGAAAUGA